ACUGAUUUAGCCCCAGGAGAAAAUUUCAGCCUUCUCAAGAAGACUUGGGAGCAAACUGCGAUGGACGGAAAACAAAAAGAGACCCCGCCUGGAGGCCAAAGAUUUGUGGUGCACUAUGGAACAGAGCCAAAGUUAAAGCGGAGGAAACGUAAUGUCACGAGUGACACUGAAGACUGUCAAAGCAACCAGGAGCUGUUGGCGAGAUCUGCUGGUGGCACUAAAAGAAAAAAUCAGGCCAAGCAAAAGAAAGGGCCUGCAAAGAAGCAACGUUGUUUAUUAGAUUGGGAUGAAGACAAAAAUUCACCUGAAGAGCUGAAAAGGAUCUACCUGUCCAGUAACAUGCUGGAGCAAUGGUGCCAUAGGCCCUUCUUUGCCAACACUGUGACCGGCUGUUUUGUGAGGGUAGCAAUCCAGGAGUGCAGCAGGAACCCACUUUACUGUAUUGCCGAAAUUAUGUCUGUGAUGGAGACGGAGCAGGUCUACCAACUGGGAUCAACCCGGACAAACCUGGGAAUGGAACUCAGGCAUGCUGGUAUCAAGCAGAUUGUUACACUCCUGUCUGCAUCAAACCAGGAAUUCCUCGUAAGUGAGUUUCAGCAGUGGAAACUAGCAAUGAUGAAUGCUGGGAUGCAAUUCCCAACUCCAGAAACAAUCUCCAAAAAGGAGCAGGCCAUCAAAGAAGCCACAAACCACACUUUCACUGACAAAGAGAUAGACUUUAUUGUGGAACGGAAGAAUAGAUUCCGAAUGACACCAUUGAAUUAUGCCAGGAAAAAAAUCGAGCUACUUGACCAACUGCACAGAGCAAAAGCCUGCGGAGAUGUUUUCAGGGUGACAGCAACCCAGGAAGAGCUAGAAAAGCUUGCGAUGGGAAGACCAUUCAGAUGAGCAGAGGCUCUCCCACUGUCAAAUCCAGGAGACCUCCCUUUCCUGAACCACAAACUAACAAUAGACCUUUACCACAGGAAUAGAAGAAAAAGGACUCACAA